AUGAAUUCCUCCAACACCUCCUUCGGGGCCGAUUCUGGCAACGACCUUGAAGCACAAAACAAGCCACUCCCUCUGCCGCGUACCCGUACAGUUGACAUCCAUCGCUGGUCGACGAUCCCGGUGCCCGUAAUUGAGAGAUGGCCCUCGGCGCCCGACACGAUCCCGAGCGACUGGCUCGGAAAGGUGACCAGUGUGCUGAUAUCGCUGACGCCGAUACUGUUUUUGGUACUGGCCGGUUUUGCGUAUAAGCUGGAUGGGAUGCCGGUUUCAAAGUUUGGAGAGCAGGUGAUGAAGGCAGCACAGAUUGGAACCACGGUAUACCCAAUUGUAUUUGCAGCAGUCCUAGGAAAAACCUUCAAGUCCGCCGCCGGAUGGCUCGUCGAACGGGGAACAACAAUCCGUAUGCUCGAGCUACUAAUGGGCAGCCAAAGUCUUGGCGGCGCACUCCAGUCCCAUUUCACGAUAAUCCGCACCAUAAAAACGAUUCCAUUGAGUCUGUUCAUGCUUUUGAUUUGGCUUCUUUCGCCUCUGGGAGGCCAGGCUUCGCUGCGCUUGCUCAGUACUUCUGGGAUUGAGGUGGAUGGUGCGAUAAGGUAUUUGGAUACAUAUUGGCAGUCAACGAGGAUCCAGUGGCAGACCUUUCCGAUUUAUGUCUAUGACUCCGUGUAUCAGGCUAUUCUGGUGACGCACACCGAGUCCCAGCAGUCGAGUAUGGAUGUUUGGGGAAAUGUUAAGAUACCCAAGCUUGAGUCUCUCAACCAAUCAACUUCGGAUAUCGACGGCUGGGUACAAGUGCCCAAGAACCAGAAUCUAUCCUAUAUCUCUCUAAUCGGGGUCUCCAUGGCCGGAACAGAGCUCGUCAAACAAACUUCCUCAAACUUCACGAUCCAGUACACCUACUUCAACUGGGACUGCACAAAGCCCGACAAUCUGACCAUCUCUGACCCCUGGUUUGCCGAAAUCGGAAUUAACGUCACCAACACACUUAACCUCAAGGUGCAGCCAUACCGAUCGUCCAUGUUUGUGAGAAUGCCAACAGUCAGGAGGAGGGUAGGAUUAACGUACCUAGAUCCCGCGAGAUUCCUCUACGUAUCAAGAAUCAACGAGGGGGACUCCGUAGACUACCCAGGUAUCUCCAACAUCUGGAGGUGGGUCACGACCUCGGUUUGCAACGUUACAGAGGCCCAUGUCGAGGCCGAGAUCAGCUGUGCUCCUAAGAACUGCUCCGUCACCAGACUGCGUCCCUACGUUACUAUUGCCCAGCGCCCCGCCACCCAUAUGGCCCUCGACGGAACUGAUGAUUCAGUCAUUACCGCCACCGAGCGCUUCAUCCAGGACCCCGACACUGUCACGCGCAUUUCAAACUACGACAUUGAGCUCGCCACUGUUUCUGACGGCCUUCUAGCCAGUAUCUCUUCCCUCUCGAAGGAGACCUUCGAAACCAGGUUUGGCCUUGCCUUCAACUCCUACUACACCGGGACCCUAGCACCCAGCUACAUCGCCGGUACACCACCGCCAUUCGAUGAGUUGCCCGCCUUCAACAGUUCGAAUUCGACCUACCUUACCCAGCCCUCCUUAGCAGAAAAGAGAUUGUAUGACGACACACUCACGGGGCCUCUGGCAAUGAGGCUGCCGAGCAACCACAUGUUUUUUGCGCGCGAGACGUCCACAAAAUUUGUGUUUCAGGAAGAGAAGUAUGUCUGCGAUAAGACGUGGCUGUGGAUUCUGGUAGCAACGACGGCUGUGCUGGUUAUAGCGGCACAUCUGGGCACGUACUUCAAGUGCAUGAGUGUUGCGCCAGAUAUUCUGGGGAGUGUGUCGAGUUUGACGAGGGAUAACCCGUAUAUUCCAUUACCUGGGGGUGGGUGUAUUCUGGAGGGAGUAGAAAGGACAAGGUUGUUAGCGGGGUUGGAGGUCAGGGUGGUUGAUGUAAGGCCAAGUGAGGAGGUUGGCCAUAUUGCGUUGUCCUCGUUGAAGGACGGGGUGAAGCCAUUGGUGAAGGGAAGAUUGUAUAUGGACUCAUGA